ACUUAGGCAGUUCGUAAUCAUAAAUAUUUCCAUUGUAUUUGAGUCAAUUAUGAGCUUGAUUUUUUCGAGCGGCGAAGGAUGGAUCGUCUCUCAUUUGCAAUAUCUUAACGAUAUUUAUAAAACUGUAAAGAACGGUAAUACGCAGUGUAGACUAAUUUUUAACGAUACGUUGUUCGAAAUAAACUCUCAAUAUUUACGUCAAAAUCAAAUAACUCAGUCCGAUCAACACGAAGGAAUUUCGUUGCAAAAUAGAAGUAAAAAGAGAAAGCGGGCGAAACUGUUACCGGAGGAAGAUUUAAAAGAGAUAAAUUAUGUCAAACAAGCAUUCAAUCAAAUAAUUUCAUCCGCCAAAGCAGACGGAUUAUUCUCUUCCAACGUAAUGUGUGAUAAUAACGAAGCAGCACGCUUGGCAUCGCAGAAAUUUUAUCAGGACACGUUUUCCGGGGAGGAAGAGAACUUUUAUGGUUGUAACGAUACGGAUGUAGCUAUUAUAUCAGAAUCACAAGAGAAAACAUACGUGUUCCCAAAGAAAUGUAACUUUUAUUGUUACGAUGUGAGCGAUGUUGCCAGGAAGUUGGAAUUAAACAAUCAGUAUGAUUUUAUAUUGUUGGACCCUCCUUGGUGGAACAAGUCCAUAAGAAGAAAAAAAACGAAAUAUUUAGAAUCUAGUUAUAAAAUGAUGUACAACGAGGAGUUAGCCAGGAUACCGAUUGGGAAAUUAUUAUGUUCGAAUGGACUCGUAGCAAUUUGGUGUACCAAUGCUCCUAGUCAUCUGCAUAGUAUUUUUCACAAUAUAUUUCCAUCGUGGGGCAUUACGUAUAGAGCGAAAUGGUACUGGAUUAAAGUCACUCAAGAGGGAAGUACAACGUGUAAUUUUAAUUCAGCACUCGGUAAACAGCCUUACGAACUACUAGUAUUAGGAUCUGUAUUAAGUGAUAGUGAAUUAAACAUUCCUGAUGGGAAAGUGUUAAUAAGUGUUCCGAGCGCGGUACAUUCUCACAAACCGCCUCUUACAGAAGUUUUGCAAGAGUUUCUUCCAAGCGAGCCAAAGUGUUUAGAAAUAUUUGCAAGAUACUUGCUUCCUGAAUGGACAAGUUGGGGCCUUGAAGUUUUGAAGUUUCAACAUUUAUCAUUAUAUACAGUCAUAGAAGAGACAAAAGAUACUCAGAACAGCAAUAACAUGGAUGUAAAUAAAUUGAUCGAUUAGGAUUAAACUUUACGAGAUAACAAAAAGUUGCGGUACUAUUGUUAUUUUUUUUAUUUUUAUUAUAAAUUAAUCAUGCUUGAAUAGUAAUCAAAUUAUCCCAUUAUGAAGUGCCAUUUAC